CGAAACCCCUCUCUUCAAUUCCAUUUCCACAAUGUGCAGCGAAACCAAGCACAAGCGCAAGCGCGGCGGCGGCCGCACCAAAACCCGAUCGCCGGAGCUCGAUAACACCAACAUCAACAACAACACAGCUUCCCCGCCCUCCCCCAGCGCCGCAGAGGACGACGCGGUCUUCUCCGCCAACAACGUGGAGCUCGCCAACACGAAUGCUCCCUCAGUCUCCGACCGCCGCGUCCGCCGUCGCGGCCGGCCGCGCAAAGUCCCCGAGCCCGAUCCAUCCGCGCCAGCUGCCAAUGCCAAAACCCUAGUUUUGCCCGUUGCCAAUGGCGCAGUGUCUAAUUCGUUGAUCAAGGCGGAGAAUUUUGUGGCUAGGGCUGUCCCGGAGAUGGACGCGGUGGUUAAGGUGUUUUGUGUUCACACUGAGCCGAACUUCUCGCUGCCGUGGCAGAGAAAGCGGCAGUAUAGUUCGAGCAGCAGUGGGUUUGUUAUAAAGGGAAGGAGGGUUUUGACUAAUGCGCAUUCGGUGGAGCAUUAUACACAGGUUAAGUUGAAGAAGAGGGGUUCGGAUACGAAAUACGUAGCUACUGUGCUUGCAAUUGGGACAGAAUGCGAUAUUGCUUUGCUAACAGUAGAAGAUGAUGAGUUCUGGGAAGGGGUUUCUCCGGUGGAAUUUGGGGAUCUGCCUGCACUUCAAGAUGCAGUUACCGUUGUUGGUUAUCCAAUUGGGGGCGAUACAAUCUCUGUAACAAGUGGUGUUGUUUCACGAAUAGAAAUUCUUUCAUACGUUCACGGAUCAACCGAACUUCUGGGGUUGCAGAUUGAUGCUGCUAUCAAUUCUGGAAAUUCUGGUGGACCUGCUUUUAAUGAUAAGGGAACUUGUGUUGGUAUUGCAUUCCAAUCACUCAAGCAUGAGGAUGCCGAAAAUAUUGGUUAUGUCAUACCAACACCAGUCAUUAUGCACUUCAUCCAAGAUUAUGAGAAGAAUGGAACAUAUACUGGGUUCCCAAUUCUUGGGGUUGAGUGGCAAAAGAUUGAAAAUCCAGACUUACGUUUGUCCAUGGGGAUGAAACCUGAUCAGAAGGGUGUACGCAUAAGAAGAAUUGAUCCCACUACGCCUGAGUAUUCUGUUUUGAAACCGUCGGAUGUUAUACUUAGCUUUGAUGGGGUCCAUAUUGCUAAUGAUGGAACAGUUCCUUUUAGGCAUGGUGAGCGCAUAGGCUUUAGCUACCUGGUCUCACAAAAGUAUACUGGGGAUACUGCUGCAAUUAAAGUUCUCCGAAAUUCUGAAACUCUGAAGUUCAAAGUCAAACUUGGCAAGCACAGAAGGCUCGUUCCGGCUCACAAUAAGGGACGGCCUCCUUCAUAUUAUAUUGUUGCUGGAUUUGUUUUUUCUACUGUUUCCGUUCCAUACCUACGUUCUGAGUAUGGAAAAGAUUAUGAGUAUGAAGCUCCAGUCAAGUUGUUGGACAAACUGUUGCAUGAAUUGCCACAGUCAGAGGAUGAACAAAUCGUUGUUGUUUCUCAGGUGCUUGUGGCUGACAUCAAUAUUGGCUACGAGGAUAUCGUCAACACCCAGAUCCACGCCUUCAAUGGUCAGCCUGUAAAGAACCUGAAGAGUUUGGCUAGCAUGGUCGAGAGCUGCAAUGACGAAUAUUUGAAAUUUGAUCUGGAAUAUCAACAGAUUGUGGUCCUCCAGACAAAGACGGCUAAAGCCGCAACCCUGGACAUUCUUGCGACCCACUGUAUACCAUCAGCCAUGUCGGACGAUCUCAAAGCAUGAUACGGUGCAACCAUACGUAUUCAGUCUUAUAGGGGGAGAGCAUAAAGUUACUUUAGAUGAUUUCAAUACACUACUUGAUUGGGAGUAGCUCCUUAUACUGCAAAUUUUUCUGCUACCCUUAUUGUCAACUAUUUAGAAAUGGGCUUCAAAAGCUAUUCCAAGCAAGUUGAGUUAGAUCUAGUCGAGUGAGUAGUGAAGACUCUUUGAGUCUCUAAUUAAGCUUUUUGAAUCCCAUUUUUUUACAUUCACCUACUGAAAGUUGAUGUGGAAAUUGGAAUGACUAUACAGUCCUUGAACUUUGUUUACAUUACCUACUGAAAGUUGAUUUCUCUUCCAAA